AUGGCUGACAAACUUACACGUAUAGCCAUUGUCAGCAGUGACAAGUGCAAGCCGAAGAAAUGUCGGCAAGAAUGCAAAAAGUCCUGCCCGGUUGUCCGCAGUGGAAAGCUGUGUAUCGAAGUGGCGUCGGACUCCAGAAUCGCCUUCCUGUCUGAGAGCCUGUGCAUUGGAUGUGGUAUCUGCCCGAAGAAGUGCCCUUUCGGCGCCAUCACGAUCAUCAACCUGCCGACCAAUCUCGAUACCCAGCUGACCCACCGCUACUCUGCAAACAGCUUCAAGCUGCACCGUCUGCCUAUGCCGCGCCCCGGCCAGGUCUUGGGUCUCGUGGGAACAAACGGUAUCGGCAAGAGCACGGCGCUGAAGAUUCUGAGUGGCAAGCUCAAGCCCAACUUGGGUCGUUUCGACAACCCGCCGGACUGGGAGGAUGUCAUCAAACAUUUCCGUGGCUCUGAGCUUCAGAACUACUUCACGAAGCUGCUCGAGGACGACCUCAAGGCGGUCGUCAAGCCGCAGUACGUCGACCAGAUCCCCAAGGCCAUCCGCGGCCCCAUCAAGUCGGUGCAGAAGCUCAUCGAGAGCCGGGCCACGAUGGACAACCUGGAUGACGUGCUCGACGUGCUGGAGCUGCGCCACAUCUACGACCGUGACGUGACGCUCCUCUCGGGUGGUGAGCUGCAGCGCUUCGCCAUCGGCACCGUGUGCGUGCAGAAGGCGGAUGUGUACAUGUUUGACGAACCGUCGUCGUACCUGGAUGUGAAGCAGCGUCUGGCAGCGGCGCGCAUGAUCCGGUCUCUGGUGCGAUCCGACGACUACGUGAUUGUGGUGGAGCACGAUCUGUCGGUGCUCGACUACCUGUCCGACUACAUCUGCGUGUUGUACGGACAGCCGGCGGUGUAUGGCGUUGUGACACUGCCGUAUUCGGUGCGCGAGGGUAUCAACAUCUUCUUGGACGGCCACAUCCCGACGGAGAACCUGCGGUUCCGGCAGGAGUCGUUGACGUUUAAGCUGUCGGAGGGUGCGGACGACUUCAUCGCCGACCGCUCACGGGCCUUCCACUACCCCAAGAUGGAGAAGACGAUGGGCAACUUCAAGCUGGACAUUGAUUCGGGCGAUUUUACCGACUCGGAGAUCCUGGUGCUGAUGGGCGAGAACGGCACGGGCAAGACGACGUUCUGCCGACUGCUGGCGGGUGCCCUCAAACCAGAUGGCACGCGGCGUGUGCCGGAGAUGAAGAUCAGCAUGAAGCCGCAGACGAUCACGCCCAAGUUCGACGGCACGGUGCGUCAACUCUUCUUCAAGAAGAUCCGGCCGGCUUUUUUGUCGCCGCAGUUCCAGACGGACGUGGUCAAGCCGCUCAAGUUGGACGACUUUAUCGACCAAGAGGUCAAGAACCUGUCGGGUGGUGAGCUGCAGCGUGUGGCCAUUGUGUUGGCGCUGGGCCUUCCGGCCGACAUCUACCUGAUCGACGAGCCAUCGGCGUACCUGGACUCGGAGCAGCGCAUCAUCUGCGCGCGCGUGAUCAAGCGCUUCAUCAUGCACGCGAAGAAGACGGCCUUUAUCGUCGAGCACGACUUUAUCAUGGCCACGUACCUGGCCGACCGCGUGAUCGUGUUUGACGGCCAGCCGGGCAUCCACUCGCACGCCAACGAGCCCGAGUCGCUGCUGACGGGCUGCAACACCUUCCUCAAGAACCUCGACGUGAGCUUCCGUCGCGACCCGGUCAACUACCGUCCUCGCAUCAACAAGGCCAACUCGCAGCUGGACCAGGAGCAGAAGGCUGCUGGCAACUACUUCUUCCUCGAGGAGGAUAACAGCAAGGCGUCUUGA